CUAACUAGUUUUUAUUCUAUCCAGGGCACCGUCCAACCUGCUGACGAUUUCGACCCGGAGAAAGAUGCUGAAACACUACAGGAAGCCAUGGGGGGCUGGGGUACUGAGGAGGCGCCAAUCAUCGAAAUCCUGGCCAACAGAAGCAACAGUCAGAGGGUCGAGCUAGCCAGCCAGUUCAAGACUAUGUACGGGGAUGACCUGGUUGAUCGUCUGAAAGGUGAGCUGAAGGGCGACUUUGAGGAGACGGUGUUGGCACUAAUGACGCCCCCUGUCGAGUAUCAGGCGCGCUGCCUGAAGGCCGCGAUGGAAGGGGCGGGGACUAGUGAGGAUGUUCUGAUCGAGAUCAUGUGUACCAAGAACAACCAGGAAUUGGAGGAUCUGAAGACUGUCUACAGUGAAGUGUACGACGAUAACAGUCUAGAGGAAGACAUCGAAAGUGAGACCAGUGGUCACUUCAAGCGUCUGCUCGUGUCACUCUGCAACGCUCAGCGAGAGGAGGGGGGGGAAGACGACGUGGAUGAAGGUUUGGCAGAAGAGGACGCCAGGGAAAUAUACGAGGCGGGAGAAGGUCAGCGCGGGACGGACGAGUCCAAGUUCAACUCCGUGCUGGCGCUGAGAAGCUGGGCCCACCUGCGUGUUAUGUUCGACAAGUACAAUGACCUGGCGGGACAGUCCAUUGAUAACAUGAUAGAUGAAGAGUGUGAAGGGGCUGUGGAGGACGGAUAUCUGGCGAUUGUGAGUUGUGUGAGGAACCUCCCCGGAUAUUUCGCUAAACGGAUCAACGACGCUUGUAAGGGCUGGGGAACUGACGACACUACUCUUAUCCGCUGUAUUGUGUCGCGCUCAGAGAUUGACCUGGUGCAGGUGAAGGAAGUGUUCGAGGCCCGGUACGGCCGCACCAUGGCGGAGGCUGUGACUGAUGAGUGUGAUGGAGACUACAAGAACAUGCUGCUCGCCAUCAUCAAGUGGAUAGAGAAGGCCUUCCCUGGGAUCAUCGGUAGCAUGGCGGACUUUCAGGGGACUAUUUUUCCGGCGGAAGAUUUUGAUGCUGAAGUCGACGCUGAGGCGCUACAUGAGGCCAUGAAAGGAUGGGGCACGGAUGAAGAUCUCAUCAUCGAUGUGUUGGCAAACAGGAGUAACGCACAGCGACUCGAGAUCCGGGAAAAGUUCAAGCAGAUGUACGGGGAACAUCUAAUAGAUCGCUUGAAGAGCGAGCUAAAAGGUGACUUCGAGGACGUGGUAGUAGCACUACUAACGCCACCUAUCGAAUACCUGGCGCGCUGCAUGAAGAGUGCCAUGAAAGGGAUGGGAACAGAUGAGCAGGCUCUCAUCGAAAUUCUGUGCACAAAAAAUAACCAGGAAAUAGAGGAGCUAAAAGCCACAUAUGCAGAGGUAUUUGAUGGUGGCAGCCUUGAGGAUGACAUUGAAAGCGAAACCAGUGGACAUUUUAAGCGGUUGUUGGUCUCUCUGUGCAACGCUGGCCGGGAGGAAGGAGACGAGAAUGACGUAGACGACGGGUUGGCCGAGGAGGACGCCACCGAGAUAUAUGACGCAGGAGAAGGCCAGCGUGGGACAGACGAGUCCAAGUUCAACUCAGUCCUGGCCCUGAGGAGCUUCCCGCACCUCCAUGUCAUGUUCGAGAAAUAUCUCGAGCUAUCCGGGAACUCCAUCGACAACAUGAUAGACGAAGAGUGUGAUGGGGCAAUUAAGGACGGAUACAUGGCCAUAGUUUACUGUGUGCGGAACAUUCCCGGGUUCUUUGCCAAGCGCAUAAACGACGCGUGUAAAGGGCUCGGCACGGACGACUCCACUCUGAUCCGCUGUAUAGUCUCCAGAUCUGAGAUCGACCUACAGCAGGUGAAGGAGGUGUUUGAGACCCGGUACGGCCGCCCGCUGUCUGAGGCCAUCAAGGACGAGUGUGGCGGAGACUACAAAAACAUGCUGCUCGCCAUUGUCAAGGAUUAAAUGAUCGGGAAUCCUCAUAAAAUCAUCCGUUAAGAAACAGAACGUCAAAACCCAAGGAUUGAGGAGCUUCUUGUUUUGUUGUUAGUGGCAUAUAGCAGCAUAUGUAAGCUAUGUUUCUGCCUGAGCUGACUUAAU